AAACCAUCCUCUAUCUCUCUUCUGAGAAAAUUCUGUUGCCGCACAAAAAGAAUAUGAAAAACAAAAUAAAGAACGAAAGAGAGAAGAAAUGAGACCCCCAUGAAUCGAAAUUGUUUACGAGAUUUGACAAAAACGAUUCCGAGUGAUAUUAGUUCAUGAACCAUGAUCAGCAUCGGAGGAAAGAGCCCUUUUUUCUGCUUUCACACUUACCCAUCUUCUUCUUCUUCUUCGUUGAAGCUUGAAAGACUUCGUUUUGAGGAGGAGGGAAGAUAAAUCUUCGCAUGGGAAUUUGCUGGGGAGUUCCUGACUAUCCAACUCCUAGCUUCACUGGUCAUCUUAGACGUGGAGGACCUGCUCUGACUAUAAGCAGUUCAUCGUCUUCUGAGGAUGGCCUGAGCAGGAGCUUGGGAGGAAGGUCGAAUGAGUCUAUUCCCAAUGGUUAUGUUGCUCCCAAUUCAGAAGUUAGGGUCUUUAGUUUUGCAGAGCUGAAAGUUGCAACGAAAAACUUCAGAUCUGACACGAUUCUUGGCGAGGGUGGUUUUGGUAGAGUCUUCAAGGGCUACCUUGAUGAAAAGGGGUCUUCGCAGAGCAAAAAAAUGACUCCAAUUGCCAUAAAAAAAUUGAACCCAGAGAGCAUGCAGGGAUUUCGAGAAUGGCAGUCGGAGGUGAACUUCCUGGGCAGCUUAUCUCAUCCAAACAUUGUCAGGCUAUUGGGAUAUUGUUUGGAGGAUAAAGAACUACUUCUUGUCUAUGAGUACAUGCCAAAGGGUACCCUAAAGAACCACCUCUUUGGAAGGGGCUCAGCCAUUAAACCACUUCCAUGGGUCUUGCGGCUUAAAAUUGCAAUAGAAGCAGCUAGAGGAUUGGCGUUCUUGCACCAGUUAGAGAGGCAAAUAAUCUGCCGGGAUUUCAAGCCCUCAAAUAUAUUGCUGGACUCAUCCUAUAAUGCCAAGAUAUCAGAUUUUGGGUUGGCAAGAAAGGGUCCGGACGAAGACAGAUCACAUGUAUCAACGCGGGUUAUUGGAACUUAUGGCUAUGCAGCACCGGAGUACAUAGCCACAGGUCAUUUAUAUGUGAAGAGUGAUGUCUAUAGUUUCGGGGUUGUACUGGUUGAGCUUUUGACAGGGAUGCGAGCAUAUGAUGCAAAUCGUCCGACUGAUCAGCAGAUUUUGGUGGAGUGGGUCAAGCCUCAUCUUUCUAAAAGGAAAUUGACAAGAAUCAUGGACUCUCGGUUGGAAGGGCGGUAUCCUCUGAAGGAUGCUCUUGACGUAGCAGCGCUUGCAUUUCAAUGCCUCCAAUAUUCGCCCAAGCACCGGCCGUCAAUGCACGAAGUCGUUCAGACCCUGGAACGCAUUAGUUCCAGCUAAUAGAAAACACUAGUGCCUAGACGAUUGAUUCCAACUUCGCUGUCUUUCUCAGACACGGUCAGUAAUUCUUUAUUCCUCACCUGCGCCCAUCGCAGAUUCAUCAUCUCUAUUCUAUGUAAAUGCUGUUUGUCCAGGUGACUACUUUUUGUAAUGCAGUAUAGGUUAUCGAUGUCACUGUCGUAAUGACUCAGCAAGCCUGGCCAGUUAUGUUUAGACGUACUGGGAGUCGGUUCUGAUAUUAUCUGUAUUAUUCUUUUGGGGGGUGGGGGAGGCCUGGCAGUCAUUGUAUUGAGUCCAAGGUCCUCAGUUUGACUGUUUCGGAUGUUUCCGGACCAUCUAGAUGAGGCAUUGGGUUAAUUCUUGGGAAAAUGUAUUCCUUUUCUUGAUAAGCACUGGCCAUGGCGUUUGUUUGACACUCGCAACAUCAAUAAUUGCUUUGUACUAGUGUGAUACUACGAACAGGAUACAUAGACUUGUAAACUUACAUAGUUCGGUUGAGCAAAUAAAGUUAGUUUUGCUGCAGAA